CACAUGCGCAUAACUUUUAAUUCCGUUCAUUGUUGUGCUACAGUCGGUCUGAAAGAUCUUGUAGCUAGGAUACGAAGAUAUACAAAACAAAACUUCACUGCUUACCUGAUAUUUUUAGUUUUUCUUCCGGUAUUGUCAUGCUUUUAAGCACUAGUGUUUAUUCUUCAAGUGAUUGAAAUACCCAUGCGUCGAAUUAUUCAUUGACGCAAAUAAAAUAAAUAAUCAAUUUUUCGACAAUAUCAAUUAGCGAAUUUCUACAGUGUCGAUUUAACAAGUGUAAAGUUAUCGAUAUGUUGGGAACAGAAUCGUUGGUCGACGAUGAUCUGUACAUGGGCUACAAUGACUAUCCCUCGAUCUACAGUACCAAAGAUCUUGAUCAGGAUGAAUUGUUUCAACAAGCUCUACAAACUAGCUACGCCAAACGGUCGAUUCACACACCAAAAACUCCAGGAACGGCGAUGCGACUCGGAACUUCUACUGGUUUCCAUAGGCGAGGUACAGCGGUCACAGGUCGACCUGGAACAGGUCCGAGACCAAUGACCGCAGUCCGCGGGGCUGGCUACACGAGCAAUAAUCGUCAGCCCUUUGACCCCCUUAAUAUGGCGAAUACCUCAAGGGGGCCCGCUCCGCCACUGACAACCGGCAAAGAAGACACCCAGGAAGAAAAGAUCAAAGUUGCCGAGCGCAAAAUAAUGGAAUUGAUCGAAAGUUCGGCGAUGGCGGAGAGCGAAAAUGACAUGAAAGUUGCCCUCGAGCGAGCCCGGGAAGCAUCCUCCAGAGAAAGAAUCCUCAUACGUCUUCAGGAACAAACGGGCCUGAGUGACAACCACAACGUCGACUUGACCUUCGCAGUUUUAUUCAAUUUGGCAAUCCAAUAUUCAAACAACGAGAUGUACACGGAAGCGAUUGCUACGUAUCAGGCAAUAACGAGAAAAAAAGUAUUCAGGGACAGCGCGAGGCUGAAAGUCAACAUGGGGAAUAUAUACGUGAAAAUAGGUCAAUUGUCACAGGCUAUAAAAAUGUACAGAAUGGCUCUCGAUCAAGCAACCGCAGCUCACAAAGAUCUACGGAUCAAAAUAAUGCACAAUAUCGGUAUGCUUUUCGUGCAAAUGGGACGUUUGGAGGAAGCUGCCAAUAGUUUCGAGUGGGUGAUGCGAGAAAGGGCUGAAUUCAAAGCCGGCUUACACGCUAUACUCUGCCACUUUGCUCUUUCCCAUCGAGAUAAAAUGAAGCGUGAUUUUUUGGAGCUCCUCGAGGUACAACUCAACAUUGAUCAGGAGGACAAAUACAGUAUGAGCACGGACGAUGUUGCCGCGAAUAUAUUGAACGAAGUAAUAAAGGUCGACGAACUUUCAAAAUUGGAGAAAGAGAUGAAGCUGGAGGCAGAAAAAACGAUCCUGAGCGCAGCGAAGCUCAUAGCUCCGGUUAUUGAGGACACAUUAUCGGCUGGAUUCGCUUGGUGCGUCGAAGCCAUAAGGUCCUCGGCCUACGGUCCACUCGCCGCGGAUUUGGAGAUCAACAAAGCCAUGGUUUUUCUCCACAAUCGGGAGACCUCAUUGGCGAUUGAAACACUGAAAGCCUUCGAGAACAGAGAAACAAAAGCGAAUAGCGCCGCAUCGACGAUGUUGUCGUUCAUUUAUUUCCUCAGGGGCGAUUACGAUCAAUCGGAACGUUAUGCCGAAGCAGCUCGGAAGGCAGACAGCUAUAACGCUGCGGCUUAUGUUAAUCUUUCGGCAUGUGCCAUCAAAAAAGGCGAAUUAGAAACUUCGCGUGAAUUAUUGCUCUGCGCUCUUGACAGUGACGCCAGUCACAUUCAGGCACUCUACAAUUUAGGAUUGGUUUAUAAAAAACAAAGCAUGUACGAAGAGGCUCUCGAGUGCUUCUGGAAAUUACGAAAUAUUGUACGACACGAUCCUCAGACCCUCUAUCAAAUCGGACAUCUCUAUCAACUGAUGAACGACUUCGAUCAGGCAGCUGAAUGGUUCAAUCAAUUGUUGGGCAUCAUUCCUUCCGACCCUGGCGUACUGCAAAAGUUGGGUGAAAUGUACGACAAUCUCGGCGAUAAGCAACAGGCGUAUCAGUACUACAGCGACUCUUACAGAUUCUAUCCAGCGAAUUUCGAGGUCAUUGAUUGGCUGGGUUCUUAUUUCAUAUCGAUGCAGGUCGCCGAAAAAGCUCUGGCGUACUUCGAGCGAGCGGUCGAGCUCGCACCCGAUCAACCACGUUGGCGUUUGCUGGUAGCAGCGUGUCUCAGACGAACCGGUCAGUUCCACAAAGCUCUUACCGAGUACCAGGACAUUCACAAACGAUUUCCUGAAAACAUCGAGUGUCUCAAGUUCCUCGUGAGAUUGUGCAGCGAUCUCGGCCUCAAAGAGGCGCAGAAUUAUGCGAACGAGCUUAAGAAGGCGGAGAGGGCUAAGGAGUUGAAGGAACGUCAAGGAUCCGCACGGCCAGGGACGACAGGAUCGAGGAGAAGCAACAGCGGCGCCUCGUCGAGGGGAGGCUCGGGCCUGAGUAUGCAGUCGGACAAUCGUUCCAGUCCUGUGCCCCUUCGCAAGGAGAACCGUGGCACUUCCUCCAGCGGGGCUAAUCGCUUGAGUCGCGUUUCAACGUUCGAUAAUCACACCGAGUUCACUCCGGAGGCCAACGGUCCCCCUGAAAUAAAUUACGCGGAUCCGGUUGGUCCUAUGCCAGUGCGACCGAUGACAUCGGCCGGUAAAAGAGACGACGAUUUCGGUGACGAGGAACUGGGCGAUGACCUUCUGCCGGUGUGAUCAGAACGUUGAUGCUGGAUCGUUCGACGAGAAAAAGCAUUGGAUCGUUUUUCUCAAUAAUCCGGACUGUUGAAUCGAUGAAACGUCACUUUGAGAACGCAAUGAAAUGUCAGCCUUGUUUUCUCUCGCCAUGGAGUCUCAUUAAUAUAAAUUCUCCAUCGUC